AUGCCCUUUUCACGCUCCCUUACAGUCGUUGGCUGCCACGCAGAAGGCGAAGUUGGCGAUGUCAUCACCGGCGGCGUCCUCGACGUACCUGGCAAAACAAUGCAGGAAAAGCUCGUUCACAUGUCCACCAAAAAAGACCACUUGCGCCAGCUCCUUCUCAACGAGCCCCGCGGUCGAGCAUCUAUGAAUACGAACCUCAUUCUUCCCCCUUGCGACCCAAGAGCCGAUGCCGGAUUCUUGAUCAUGGAAAGCGAAGAAUAUGCACCCAUGUCCGGAUCCAAUAUCAUUUGUACAACAACCGUCCUCCUGGAAACCGGCAUGAUCCCCAUGAACGAACCUAUCACCGAGAUUGCUUUGGAUACCGCGGCCGGGCUGGUGACCGUCACUGCGGAAUGCGAGGCUGGGAAGUGUAAAACUGUCGAAUUCAACAAUGUACCGUCAUUCGUCCUCGAACUCGAUUAUAACGUUCUGGUCCCGGGCCUCGGGGAGGUGGUUGUUGAUAUUGCCUAUGGAGGCAUGAUGUAUGUCUUGGUUGAUGCCGCAUCAUUGGGGUUAAAGGUCGAAAAUCAGCAAUCUGCUAGGCUGGUGGAGAUUGCGGAACGCAUAAAGCGAGCGGUCGAAGUGGUCUACACUCCGGUUCACCCUGAGAAUGCCGGGAUAACUGGCUUCAGUGUCUUGGCAUUUACAGAGCCUCCACGAAUCGAAGGAGGGUGUAAGGUUGCCGCAAACACCGUGGUGGUUUCUCCGGGACGAUUCGAUCGCAGCCCCUGUGGCACUGGCACCUCUGCUCGAUUAGCAGUCUUGCAUGCUAGAGGUCAAAUCAAAGAAGGGGAGAUUUUCAAACAUCGAAGUAUCUUGGGUACGGAGUUUAUCAGUCGAAUUCGGGGUACUUCCAAGGUUGGCAAAUAUGCUGCUGUUCUCCCCACCGUCAAAGGUCGAGCAUGGAUCACGAGUUUCAAACAGGUGGUUUUGGACUCGACCGAUCCGUUUCCAGAGGGCUUUCGAGUUGGCGAUCAGUGGCAUAUGCCACCAAACUGA